AUGGGCCUCCUUCGUCACCCGGGGAUGAUCACCUCCCGCAAGCUGAUGGUCGCCUACCGCCACGCCAGCACCACCGUCAAGAAGCGCGAGUUCAACAAGGUGAUGGUGGCGAACCGCGGAGAAAUCGCUAUCCGUGUCUUCCGUGCCCUCACCGAGUUGAACAAGACCAGUGUGGCCAUCUUCUCCGAGCAGGACAAGCACUCGAUGCAUCGCCUGAAGGCCGACGAGGCCUAUCUUGUCGGCAAGGGUCUACCGCCAGUCGCCGCCUACCUGACGAUUGACCAGAUUAUCGACACGGCCCUGAAGAACAACAUUGACGCCAUCCACCCGGGCUACGGCUUCCUGUCGGAGCGCGCCGACUUUGCGCAGGCCUGCGAGAAUGCGGGCAUCGUCUUCAUCGGGCCGAGCCCUGACGUGAUGGCUAGAAUGGGGGACAAGGUUGCUGCUCGUCAAGCUGCCAUUGAAUCCGGUGUCCAGGUCGUUCCCGGUACCUCUGGGCCCAUCACCAAAGCCGAGGAGGCCGUGGAAUUUGUCAAGGAACACGGCACACCCAUCAUCCUGAAAGCGGCCUAUGGCGGCGGCGGACGCGGCAUGCGACGCGUCGACAAGAUUGAAGAGGUCGAGGAGGCCUUCCGCCGCGCCUACUCGGAGGCUCAAUCGGCGUUCGGAGAUGGCAGCCUGUUUGUCGAGAAAUUUGUCGAACGUCCCCGCCAUAUCGAAGUGCAACUGCUAGGAGAUCACCACGGAAAUAUCGUUCACCUGUACGAGAGAGACUGCUCGGUGCAGCGCCGUCAUCAGAAAGUCGUGGAAAUCGCGCCCGCCCCCGCUCUGCCGCCAGGCGUCCGCGACAAGAUCCUCGCCGACGCUAUCCGCCUCGCCAAGCACGUCGGCUAUCAGAAUGCUGGAACCGUCGAGUUCCUCGUCGACCAGAAGGGCCACCACUAUUUCAUCGAGGUCAACGCGCGACUUCAGGUGGAGCACACCGUCACCGAGGAGGUCACUGGUGUCGACCUCGUGCAAGCGCAGAUCCGCGUGGCCGAGGGCAAGACGCUGGAGGACCUGAAGCUGAAGCAGGACACGAUCCACGUCAAUGGGGCCGCUAUCCAGUGCCGAUUGACAACUGAAGAUCCAGCUCGUGGAUUCCAGCCGGACUCGGGUCGCAUUGAGGUGUUCCGCUCUGGCGAGGGCAUGGGCAUCCGUCUCGACUCGGCCUCGGCCUAUGCCGGCUCCGUGAUCACGCCGCACUACGACUCGCUGCUGGUGAAAGUGAUCGCCUCAGCGCGCUCGCACAACAAAGCCGCCGCCAAGCUCGUCCGCGCCCUCAAGGAGUUCCGCAUCCGUGGCGUCAAGACGAAUGUUCCCUUCCUGCUUAACGUCCUCCAGCACAAAGCCUUUAUUGACGCCUCCGUCGACACCUACUUCAUCGACGAACACCCGGAAUUGUUUGCUUUCAAGCCCAGCCAAAAUCGUGCCCAGAAGCUGCUCACGUAUUUGGGCGAGAUCCAAGUCAACGGCGCCACCACCCCGCUUGCCACCACUACAAAGCCGGCCCACGUCGAGCCCCCGGUUCCCCACCUCAAAGCCGGCACCAAGCCCCCGGUCGGUCUCCGCAGCGUGCUCGUCAACGAGGGCCCCGAGGCGUUCGCGAAGGCCGUGCGCCGCAACAAGGGCUGCAUGAUCACCGACACAACUUUCAGGGAUGCCCACCAAUCGCUGCUCGCCACCCGCGUGCGCACCUACGACCUGGCCAAGAUCUCGCCGUUCGUCUCGCACAAGUUCCCGCACCUGUUCUCGCUGGAGAACUGGGGAGGAGCCACCUUCGACGUGUCGAUGCGCUUCCUCCACGAAUGCCCCUGGGAACGGCUGGAGACACUGCGCAAGCUCAUCCCAAAUAUUCCUUUCCAAUGCCUGCUUCGCGGCGCUAACGCGAUGGGCUACAGCAACUACCCGGACAACGUCAUCGACAAGUUUGCCGAGCUGGCCGUCAAGUCGGGCAUGGACAUCUUCCGCGUGUUCGACUCGCUCAACUACGUGCCCAACCUCCUCGUCGGCAUGGAGGCGGUCGGCAAGGCGGGCGGUGUUGUUGAGGCGGCGAUCGCGUACACUGGCGACGUCUCCGACCCGACGCGCACCCAGUACAACCUCCAGUACUACCUCGACCUGGCCGAACAACUCGUCAAAGCGCAGUGCCACAUCCUCUCCAUCAAGGACAUGGCCGGCGUCUUGAAGCCCGAGGCCGCCAAGCUGCUCAUCACCGCGCUGCGUGACAAGUUCCCGGAUAUGCCCAUUCAUGUGCACACCCACGACACGGCUGGCGCCGGCGUGGCGUCGAUGAUCGAGUGCGCGAAGGCUGGUGCUGAUGCUGUAGAUGCGGCCGUCGACUCGAUGUCGGGCAUGACCUCGCAGCCCAGCAUGGGGGCCAUCGUCGCCGCCCUGCAGGGCACCAAGCACGACACAGGCCUGAACAUGGACUCGAUCUCCGAGUACUCGGCCUACUGGGAAAGCGCCCGGCAGCUGUACGCGCCGUUCGAGUCGGCCACGACGAUGAAGAGCGGCAACGCCGACGUCUACAAGCACGAGAUCCCCGGCGGCCAGUACACCAAUCUGCAGUUCCAGGCAUUCUCCCUCGGCCUCGGCGACAAGUUCGACGACGUUAAGCGCAUGUACCGCGAGGCGAACCUGGCCCUCGGCGACAUCAUCAAGGUGACCCCCUCAUCGAAGAUUGUCGGCGACCUGGCGCAGUUCAUGGUGCAGAACAACCUGACGCGCGAGACCCUCGUCGACCGUGCCGACGAGCUGUCCUUCCCGAAGAGCGUCGUCGAGUUCAUGCAGGGCUACGUCGGCCAGCCGCCCUACGGAUUCCCGGAACCGUUGCGCACCAAGGUGCUGCGCGGCAAGCCGAAGAUUGACGGCCGCGGCGGCGAGAAUAUGGCGCCGAUGGACCUCGAGAAGGCGAAGAAAGAUCUGGAGGAGCAGCACGGCCGCAAGUUGAGGGACGUCGACGUGAUGUCGUGGGCCAUGUUCCCGAAAGUGUUCGACGACUUCGAGCAGUUCCGCCAGCGCUACGGCCCGGUGGACAAGCUACCAACCCGCAUCUUCCUCACCGGCCUCGACAUUGCCGAGGAGGCUGACGUCGAGAUCGAGACGGGCAAGACGCUGGCCAUCCAGCUGCUCGCCGAGGGCAAGCUGAACAAGAAGGGCGAGCGUGAGGUGUUCUUCGAUCUGAACGGACAGAUGCGCUCGAUCUUCGUGCAGGACAAGGAGGCCAGCAAGGAGCUGAUCGUCCGCCCGCGCGCCCUAGCCGGCGUCAAGGGCAGCAUCGGAGCGCCGAUGCCGGGCGAGGUGCUCGAGCUGAAGGUGCAAGAAGGGGAUAAGGUAUCGCCGAAGCAAGCUCUUUUCGUGCUCUCCGCCAUGAAGAUGGAGAUGGUCAUCGACUCGCCGAUUGCUGGCACCGUGAAGCGCGUCUUCGCCAAGAAGGGUGACAAGUUCGAGGCGGGCGACCUGGUCAUCGAGGUCGAGCCG